ACAACACGUAGGGAAACUCUACCAAAGAAACGGCCUACGCGUGAGGAAAUACAAUGUUCGUCUCUCACGAUUCAUAUCCAUUCCACUAGAGAUCUCUCUAGUCUUCGCUGUCAUCGCACCGAUGACUAUGGUCAGCUUGUUCGUUGCCCGUCGGUACUUUACUACAUCGCCGACAAGUACGACAAGGAGUUAGAGAAAAAUAGAUUGGCAUCGAAGGGAGCAAGCGACAGAGAUAUUGCGAGCAAGAGAGCAUCAGAACAAGCGCCGAAGACGUUUGACCGAAGCAGAUGGCAGAGACCCCCACGCAAUAAGCUACGCAGAAAGCGUGAGCUGGAAAUCUACAACGCCAGGAAAGCCAACUUCAAGCGAUUCGCGACUGACAGAAUGAUUGGACUUGGUCGUCACAGGAAUAUCGUAGAUCCAGCUACGCUGCAGAAUAAAUGA